CCAGGCCUUGAGAAAUUUUGUGUAGUUGUAGAAGAUGGCGUACCCAGGAGCUGUGGCACCGCCACCUUAUAGCGAGACUGUAGCAAGUCCAGGGAUGUCCACGCCGUACAAUAAUACAGUGCCAGCCACGCAAGUCGAGAUCUCUGUCUCUUGCAGGAACCUCGCGGACAUGGAUGUGUUUUCAAAAUCUGACCCAAUGGUUGUCAUGUUUACACAAGGAAUGGGCACAAAAGAAUGGAGAGAGUUUGGAAGAACAGAAGUCAUCAUGAAUAAUCUAAACCCUGAUUUUGUCAAGAAAUUUACUAUCCAUUAUUUCUUUGAGGAAAUACAAAAAUUAAGAUUUCAAGUUUAUGAUAUUGACAAAAAGUCAUCAAGACUUCAAGACCAUGACUUUAUUGGAGAAAUAGAGUGUACUUUAGGAUCAAUAGUUGGUGAAAAUGGUGGCCAACUUGAAAAGGCUUUACUAAACAAGCAGCAGUCAAAGCCCAGAGGGAAAAUUAUAUUAAGAUGUGAAGAGGUCUCUCAAUGCAAGGAUGUUGCAACGUUGCAGUUUAGAGGUCACAAACUUGACAAAAAAGAUUUCUUUGGCAAAUCUGAUCCAUUCCUGGUUUUCUAUAGGUGUAAUGAAGACAAUAGUUUUACCGCUGUUCACCGGACAGAAGUCGUCAAAAACACCCUGAACCCAACGUGGAAGCCGUUUAGUGUCCCGGCUAGAGCUCUAUGCAAUGGGGAUAUUGACAGAUCAAUACGCAUUGAGUGCUAUGACUGGGAUAGAGAUGGAAGCCAUGAUCUAAUCGGUAUUUUCUCAACAACACUGAGAGAAUUGACGUCUAACCCUAACUUAACGUUUGAGCUGAAGAAUCCCAAGAAGCAAGCAAAGAAAAAGAGUUACAAGAACUCGGGAACUAUAAUAUUACUUCAGAGCAAAUUGGAACAGCAGCCUACCUUUUUGGAUUUCAUCAAAGGAGGAACACAGAUUAGCUUUAUCGUCGCUAUCGAUUUCACCGCAUCAAAUGGUAACCCACAGAACAGCAACUCGCUCCACUUCCUGAACCCCUACGAGCCUAAUCAGUACGUCAAGGCCCUGACGUCUGUGGGAGCCAUCUGCCAAGACUAUGAUUCGGAUAAACUUUUUCCUGCAUUCGGCUUUGGUGCACGCUUGCCACCAAACUGGGAAGUUUCUCAUGAGUUUGCAUUGAAUGGAAAUCCUCAAAAUCCAUUCUGCGAGAGAGUGGAAGGCGUUAUCUCAUCGUAUUUCCACAGCAUUCAGCGAGUGCAACUGUACGGUCCGACCAACUUCUCUCCGAUCAUUCGAAGGACCGUAGCCUUGGCCAAGGAAUCCGAGAGACAAAAGCCUGGAGAAGAGUACUUUGUGCUCCUGAUCUUGACGGAUGGCAUCAUCUCUGACAUGGAGCAAACAAAAGCAGCUAUAGUUGAUGCGGCCUCUCUGCCUGUAUCCAUAAUCAUCGUGGGGGUCGGAGGUGCCGACUUCGAAGCUAUGGAAGAGUUAGACGGUGACGAAGUUCGUCUAUCUUCUCGGGGCCGGUUGGCGGAGCGAGACAUCGUACAGUUUGUCCCUUUUCGUGACUACCUGGACAAGUGCUAUGGGGACAUUACCAGCGGUGCACGGCUAGCCAAAGACGUCCUGGAGGAGUUACCAGACCAACUAACCGAUUACAUGAAGAAAAGAAACAUAAAACCACCUUCAUUUGCACCUUCUCGUUCUUAGAACCAGAGAGUCAUAGAUAGACACAAUAGUCCCAGGUCUAUGAUCGGGUUCUAUGGUUGGUAAUACUUGUUGACGUCACUGGAAGGCGUCCUGCACUGUCUCACGGUAUAUCUCCGAGCAAAGGAAACCCAGUUAGAAUGGACCAGGCUGGUAGAGUUUUCAGGGAAGUUGAAAGAGUGGAAAUACCCCAAUAGUCGCCAAUGCCACUAGAUCCUCGUAACAAGAGAUUCCAGGAUCACAUGUAGAGUAAACAUGUUAGUAUGCUUGUAGAGUAAACUAUAGUCGAAGCUCAUUCAUACUCAUAGCAAUAGGAAUUCAUUAAAAGGGUGGAAAACCCCACGGUGAACAAACCCUACUGAAGAAGUCGGUGAUCAUUUACAAUUUCCGUAAUUUGUCGGUAGUCGUUGAACUCAGAGAAUCUAUGUCGUAACCCGCAUUGUUUCAUGGAUAUGAAAGAAAUUAGCAAAUAAGUGUAAAUAAAAAACGUCUAAGUCGGGAAUGUUUUAGAUUUUUUGUUUAUUUUCAAACUUAAAACUUUUACAUGGCUUUUAGAGACCAGGAUAUAUUCAAUCAUUUGUUCUCGAGUCCAACCUUAGACGUAAACGUUCAUAAUACGGACACCCAUAAAAUGUAGGUAGUCAAUAAUUGUUUCCCAUUUCGUCAGUAGUUGGUUAUUUUUACAAGCCUCUAUUAAGCUGUUUCUCGCUAGUCGGUUCACCCCAUCCAGACCCUAGAGAUGUUUCAGGAAAGUUGUGGAUUAUAGCCAAAUUCGUUGUUGCGCGACCUCCCAGAAUGUUAAAUUCCUUUCUUUGUUUGGGAAUAGUGCGUAGUCAAUCAAACCAAACAAUCAAAACCAGACAGACCGCCCCAAAAGCUUGUGUCUGACUACGCGCUAUUCCCAGACGAGACAAGGAUUUUAGAUUUGUCGAGGUCGCGCAACAAAGAAUUUGGCUGUAAGUUACUCAUUCUGUGUACGAUAAUUUAGACGCGAACUUCAUAAAUAUUUAUUAUGCUGGUGAAACUUUAUGGUAUAUAAGUCCCAAUAAAUAACGUAUGUUUGUAAUUACAAUUUGAACAUAAUAUUAUAAAGUAGAGGACACUUGUACGCAACAUCAUAUAACAAUCUUUGAAAGAAUUAUAUGGAAUCUAUACAAUGAAUAAUUCAACUUAAAGAGCUCUUGUCAGACACACCUUUGUUAUUACUUUCAUUUAAUAUUAAAAGGCACAUAAUUUACCUCUCAAGAAA